CAUUUGAAGAAGUGGAAAAGAUUGAAGGACGUCGUACCAUCAUCCUUGGGGGGUUUUAUCCAGAGCUCUGAGCUAAAAGCUUCAACCUUCAACAAUGGCGUCCUCUCUCUGCACUUACCACAAUAACAUCAUUCCCUCUCACGCUUCCACAAAGAACAAGACCAAUUCAAUUCACAGCAAUGUCAAGAAUCUCUCAUCUUCUCUCUUCGGUUCGUGUCAAUCCAUCGGCAGUUUCUCGUCGACCUCCGAAAACUCCCUCAGAUUCCUUCAAUCCAAACAGCCUCAUCCGUUUCUCUCGCCCAGACGUCUCACCGUCGUCGCCAUGGCUCCGCCCAAGGCCAAGCCCGGCGGCAAAGCCAAAAAAGUGGUUGGAAUGAUAAAGCUGGCGCUUGAGGCUGGAAAGGCGACUCCGGCGCCGCCAGUGGGGCCGGCGCUGGGUUCUAAGGGAGUUAAUAUAAUGGCUUUCUGUAAGGACUACAAUGCCAGAACCGCCGAUAAGGCAGGUUAUGUUAUUCCCGUGGAAAUCACCGUCUACGAUGAUAAAAGUUUUACUUUCAUUCUGAAGACUCCCCCGGCUUCGGUUCUGCUUCUUAAAGCUGCUGGAGUGGAGAAAGGUUCGAAAGACCCAAAGAUGGAGAAAGUGGGAAAGGUCACCAUUGAGCAAUUGCGAGCAAUCGCCACCGAGAAGCUGCCCGACUUGAACUGCAUAACCAUUGAAUCUGCAAUGAGAAUUAUAGCAGGCACCGCAGCUAAUAUGGGAAUCGACGUUGACCCUCCAGUUCUUGAACCCAAAAAGAAAGAAGUUCUCUAGUUUCCCA